CUAUAUAGCACAUGGCCAGCAGCCUCCUGCUACAAUAUUUACAUCCUAUUCCAUUGAGAUGGCACUGUCUGCUCACAUGACCCAAAUGCAGUUCUCACUCCGCCACGAGCACAGCCGAAUCCAAACUGCAUUGGCAGCUCUGCACAUGCUCCAUCUGGCUCUAUGAAGCCUCACUCACCCAUUGAGAUUUCUGUUGGUUUAAAGCAACAUUCCAGCUGCUGAAGCUCUGUGACCUGCAGUGAUUUCCCAGCCAAGAUCCAAGAGCCCCGAUGCUUUUUGCCAUUCUGAUGGUGAAUGAUGAGACAGGCAACCAUGGAUUUCAGCACCCCAUCUGUGUUUGAUCAACAAAAAGGUGACUCAUCUGAGGAAGUUGACCUGACCAUGGUUUAUCAGGCAGCAUCUAAUGGAGAUGUCAAUGCUCUGACUGCAGUGAUUCGGGAAGACCCUUCAAUCCUAGAAUGCUGUGACAGCGAAGGGUGCACACCCUUGAUGCAUGCGGUUUCUGGACGUCAAGUGGACACAGUGAAGCUGCUAUUGAAGAUGGGAGCCAAUAUCAACAUGCAGGACGCUUAUGGUCGCACAAGUUUAUGCCUGGCAACCUACCUGGGUUGGCUCGAAGGGUGUGUGAGUCUGCUCAGAAAUGGUGCCAAGCACAAUAUCCCUGAUAAAAAUGGUCGUCUGCCACUGCAUGCUUCUACUGCUGAGCCCGAUGUGAGGCUCCUAACAGUCCUGCUGCAACAGUCAAAUCUCAGCGAGAUUAAUCACCAGGACAAUGAGGGAAUGACACCACUCCACUGGGCAGCUUUCCACAACCAGCCUCAACACUCCCAAAUGCUGCUGAAGAAGGGGGCAGACCCCACCCUUGUGGAUAAAGACUUUAAAACGGCUCUCCACUGGGCAGUCCAGAGUGGAAAUAGAAUUCUGUGUUCCAUCAUCCUGAGCCACCACCAGGGUCCUUCCAUUAUCAACUAUGAUGACGAGAGCGGGAAGACAUGCGCGCAUAUCGCCGCAGCGGCGGGUUCCCACGACAUCAUUCACGAACUGGCCAGAGUCCCUGAGUGUAACCUACAGGCUCUGGAUGUGGAUGACAGGACUCCGCUGCACUGGGCUGCAGCUGCAGGGAAGGCAGAAUGUGUCCAGUCACUGCUAGAGUUGGGCAUGGAUAGCAACCUUCGAGACAUCAACGAGAGCACACCCCUGGCCUACGCCCUCUACUGUGGCCACACUGCCUGUGUCAAACUCCUCUCCCAAGAGAGCAGAUCAGAGCCUACUCGAUCCCUUCCUUCCCAAAACAGUAAACCCCAGAAGAAGGAGGGACGGUUCAGCAUGCUCAACCAAAUCUUCUGCAAAAAUAAGAAAGAAGAACAGAGAGCCUAUCAGAACCAUCACAGCAAGGACCGAUACAGGGGGGAGGACACCUCGGAAGUCGAUGACAUCAUCACCACCUUUGACAGCAUCGUGGAUACCAACUGCCAAGAACAGCCUGGUGACCAGGUGGCUAUGGUUGAAUUUAAGAAGAGGACCUCAGAAAAUUCAAAAUAUCUCUUACCAGAAAAGAAGCCCCUGUCCCGUAAGGGGCUUCCACCAAUCAGAACGCAGAGUCUCCCACCCAUCACCUUGGGCAAUAACUUCCUGACAGCCACCCAUGGGGCCACUUCCCAUGCUGGGCUGAGCUCUGGUCCUCAUCAGACGGCCCAGAGAUCUCAGAAAAGUAGAAGCGAGCAGGAUUUAUUAAAUAACAGAACUGGCUGCCAUACAUUGCUAGAGAACCCCUGGAGGGGUGAUUCUAGUCAGGUGUUCUCCUACAAAGCUUGGACUGUGUCUUCUUCUGAUAAGUUACCAGACAGAAUACUCACUGGCAGAUCUGGCCACCAAGAGUUCUCGGGGCCGCCACAUCUUCCUCAUCUACAUAAUCCUUCAUCAGGACAAAAUUUUCUGCAUCUCUCCCCAAACAGACCCAAAAUCAGGGAUCUUCCUUUCAUGCGGAACAACCUCGCUCCCCUACCAGACCAGAAAUUUCUUUCUGGAGAACCGCUACGCACAAACCGAGUGCUUCCUGCUAUCCCAAGCCAACGAGGACACGGCACUCCAGCCAAAGAGGGUGAAAAAUCUGCCAAUGCCGUCAAUGAUGAAACUUAACUGUGGGCUGCCGACUGCAGGGACAUAGAUUAGAUGUAUUUUCAGCUCUCAGAGGGUGAGAUUAUUCUAGUUUGUCAGAACAAAGACUAAUUUAGUAAGCUGCAUUCUAUAAGCCAUUCACAGUUUUGUAACUCAGAAUUCUUUAUUCCAAAUAAAGAUACUUCCCAAAUAAACACUGGGAAUUUUUUCAAGUGCAUAAAUUCUAAGUUUGUGAAUUUCUGUGACUUCCACAUGCCAAAAUGAAAAGUCAAAAUAUGUUAUUAGCGGGAAACUUAGCUAUGUUUGCUUUGCUUUGUGGCAUGUUUGCUGAUUUCUUUUGAAAGAUUUUGUUUUUAAAAAAAUUGUAUGCUUUGCUGAAUUAAAACACACACACCUUCUAGACUUGUUCUUCACACUUCUUGUAAUUCUACCUUUGACUGAUGUGACUUAAUUAAAAUAAAAGUAAUAAAUUCCUUAAUCAGUCACAGUUUAUGUCUUUAAAUGUGCAAUCUUCUGAAAAAUAUUUUUUAGCAUUGUCAGUUCUUGGCUCCAGGAGAGUUAAUGACUGCCCAACUGGCUUGACAACAACUUGUAUCUCUUCUUUGUUAUUUGAAUAUUUCCACCUAUUGUUUUCAGAUAUGAUUGAUUGCUCCAGUCAUGAGAAGAUCAUGGAAGAUGGAAAGAUCUACAUCCUGGCCUUACGGAACUGAGUAGGCAUUUCUUAUACUUUCCUCAAAUUCUCUAUAUACUUAAUAAUUCAUUUUUCUGUUUCAAAGUAAUAGUCUCUGCCUACUCAAGGCAUUCUUAAAUUUAUGACUUCUGAUCCUUUGGCUAGAGGUCUAUAGAUAUUUCAAGGAUUAGCAGCAUAAGAUGAUAGCCCCUCCAUGUUAUUUCCAAACCUGCAGAUUAUUUUGUAACUAUCUCAUGCAUAACAUUUAUUACUUGAUAUUAGUAUUUGUUUAGAGAGACCAGUUUCUACUAUUAAUUAGAUAGAAGCCUCCUUCCUGAAUUUAUUUAUUCAGCCUAUACAUCUAUACCAGUUGCUGUAGAGUCAUUUUUGACUUACAGCAACCCCAUGUACCCAGAGUAGAAUUGAUCCAUAAGGUUUUCCAU